GCACUAAUCCGGUUUCAUUACUCUCUCUCUCUCUCUCUUAAUAAUCUCUAUCAAGUUCGGAUGGACGUGGAGCUGCAGUUUUCUGCUGAAGUCGGCGAAAGUAGUGCAUUUGGUGAAGUUCCUCGCACGUCGUUCCCACUGAGGAACGGGUGCGCGGUAACUUUGUAUCAAGAUGCUCAUAUUCCUGAUGAGUGUGUGGAGAGAAUGGAGAAUCAGGUGCCGCAGAGAUGCUGCUGGGAGGAUAUAUUUGAUGCAAUCAAGAAAGCAGAGAAGUUUGUAUACAUUGCUGGCUGGUCUCUUGACACUGAUACAAAACUGUUAAGGGAUCCAUCAAGGAGGACAUUGCAAGAAAGAGAAACUACACUUGGUCAGCUGCUCGAGAGAAAAGCAGAGGAUGGCCGUGUCAGGGUAGUACUGCUUCUUUGGAAGGAUAUAACAGAUACUCGGUAUGGUAGUGGUGGAAAAAUGAAGGCUUGCGGUAGAAAAGCUUACAAGUAUUUUCAUAAGAAGACUCGUGUUCACUGUGUUUUAUGCUCUCGUCCUCCUUUCUACUCAACAUACUCACAUCACCAGAAGAUUGUGGUGGUGGACAGUGAGUUGCCCCUUGAAAACUCAGAUAAUAACAGAAAAAGAACAAUAGUGAGUUUUAUCGGCGGUUUGGAUCUUAGCUAUGGAAGAUAUGAUACUCCUUCCCAUUCACUUUUCAGGACUCUAAGAAAUGAACACAAGGAAGAUUUUCACCAACCGUGCUUUCCCGGCUCUUCAAUAGAAAAAGGUGGUCCAAGGGAACCGUGGCAUGACGUGCACUGUAAGCUUGAAGGCCCUAUUGCAAAGGAUGUUUACGACACCUUUGUGCAGAGAUGUAAGAAGAUAGGUAAAGAAGGCAUUCUUGUUCCGGAGCAAGAGUUUGAAAAUGUCAUCGAUCAUUUGUACCAAGUGAAACCCCUUCAAGGUCAUGGCAUGUGGAACGUUCAAUUAUUCAGAUCUAUUGAUGAUAAAGCUACUUGUGGGUUACCAAACACUCCUGAAGGUGUUGCCGGAGCUGGUCUUGUUAGAAGGAACGGUAGAAUCAUAGAUCGUAGCAUUCAAGAUGCCUAUAUUGAUGCUAUUAGGCGUGCAGAAAGAUUCAUUUAUAUUGAGAAUCAGUAUUUUGUAGGAAGUGGUUUUGACUGGAAAGAUGAUGAUGGCAACAAAAUUGAUCACGUGAAUUGUUUGAAUCUCAUUCCAAAGGAGAUUUCACUUAAAAUUGUUAGCAAGAUUAAAGCUAAGCAAAACUUCACUGUGUAUGUUGUGGUUCCAAUGUGGCCAGAGCCUUGCCCAUAUGAUUCUUAUGUUAAGCGAAUUUUGUAUUACCAGAGGAGGACAAUGGAGAUGAUGUACAGGGACAUUACUCAAGCACUCAAUAGGGAGAACAAAACUGAGGAAGAUCUUAAAAGAUAUUUGUCUUUCUUUUGUCUUGGAAACCGAGAGAAGGAGGAUGAGAGGAAAGAAGAGGAGGAGCAGAAGGCAGAGACCGAUGAUGAUAAGGAUGAUGAUGAUGGUGAUGAUUAUGAUGAUGAUGACGAGGAAGAGGAAGAUGAGGAGAAGGCAGAGACUGAGGACGAGGAGGAGAUGGAGGAUGAAAAGGAGGAGAAGAAUAAAGAUAAUGAUUACAUGAUGGCCCAAAAUGCUAGGCGAUUCAUGAUUUAUGUGCAUUCCAAGAUGAUGAUAGUGGAUGAUAAAUACAUAAUCAUUGGAUCUGCUAAUAUGAACGAGAGAUCAAUGAAUGGUGGCAGAGACACCGAAAUUGCUAUGGGAGCUUAUCAACCCGUUGUGACCGAGCAUGGUGCUGCUGCUACUACAACUGCAAGGGGUGAGAUCCAUGGUUUUCGCAAAUCACUUUGGUACGAGCACCUUAACGUGCGAGAUGACAGAUUCGACGACCCUGAAAGAGAAGAUUGCAUUACAAUGGUGAACACACUUGCUCAAAUAAAUUGGAACAUGUUUGCUAGGGUUUCAGAUGCAACUGACCUUCCUGGUCACCUGCUCUGCUAUCCUGUUAAAAUUUCUGCCAAUGAUGGAACUGUCACAGAGCUUUCAGGAUCUUUUCGUUUCUUUCCGGACACUAAGGCCCGUGUUCUACCUGGUAAAAGCCGUGGUAGACUGAUAAAUGAGAAGGUCUAGAAUAAGCUUGGUGAAUACUGAAUACUCAGCAUCAAGAAUUCAAGAGAUAAGCGGGGUUAUGAUAGUCUUUUCAUUCGGUAUUCUCUUUGCUGUUUCCGUUUUUGUUUUUGUUUUCGUCUCAGGAUUUUCACAAACAAUCAAAAGUAUUUAAACUGCAGCAAAUUUAUUCGUGUUUGUUUCUCUUA